AUGCAAAUCACUACCAACAACACCCUACCUGCGGCUACAAUCACGAGUCGUCCCACUCCAUCUCCUCCGCCGAACUCAUUGGAAGAACCAAGUUCUGUGGGGGACCUCCUUCGGGAUGGUGACGAGAUUGGACCUGGCCUUUCUAUUCUAGGCCAACCAAUUUCUAUCGUUCACUCCCGCACGGUUCAUGUGAGGCCGCUUCGUGUUCUCAGGGAGCUUGGAAGAGGAUCUUGCACUGUAACAUACCUCGUUCAGGAGAUUUCCUCCCACUCGUCCGACGUUCUAGGCAUUGACAACCCCGUCACACCCUCACCCGCCUCAAUUGGCGGUUUGUUUGCCCUACGGUGUAUCAAAAGACAUGCUCAAUACCAAACGGCGCAGCUCCAGGAAGCCAACAUCCAUCAUUCCCUUCCAAUUCAUGAAAAUGUGGUCACCCUGUGGACAACAUUCGAGACUCCUUCAUACCUCUUACUUGUCCUCGAUUAUGUACCUGGUGAAGAUUUUUUCUGUUUCCUCGAGCAGCAGCGGGAUUACGAGGAGACGUCGCUCAGCGUCGAUGGCGUCCUCCAACCAUUCUCCUAUGAUCGACUGCGACUUGUCGCGUCCGUGUUCACCCAAAUGUGUCGCGCUGUCGCACAUUGUCAUCACAAUGGUGUCUUCCAUCGCGACAUCAGGCCCGAAAACUUUAGGGUCACAGACGAACGAGUCUAUGACUGGAUCACCCACCAAGACGAACGCAGAGUCACUAUCAAACUCAGUUACUUUGGUAGUGCGACGCGAGACGUUGAAUCGGGUGAAAUGGACAUUGGCAGCCCGCCAUACAUAAGCUUCGAAUGCGGUAACAAUCUUACGCCAACCUAUGCCACUGGCCCAGCCGACGUAUGGUCUCUGGGCAUCGUUCUCAUCAAUAUGCUUUACCACGGCAAUCCCUGGAGGACGACGGCUAUUGGAAAAUGCUCUGCUUUCGAUGAGUUCCUCCGCGAACCAAUCGCUUUUUUCGUGGACCAGUUCAAUGGCCUCACUCCUGCCGUGGCAGAAUUCUUUGCUACUCGUGUCUUCUGCCCUUUAGAGUCGCCCAUGCCUCCCAGCACAGAUAAUGGAAUCGUUGAUCCUGCGAUAUACUCGAAUAAUAUUGGCCGUCGGGUCACUGCAAAGGAGUUUGGCGUCUGGGCCCGCGACCUCGUGCUUCACCUCGGACCCGCAGCGAGUUCGGAGUCUGAUGAUAUUUCUCACUCCAUCUCACACAUGAGGCAUUCUCAUACACCUCCAGAGGUGAACCAGCCCAUGCCCACCCUCUCACAACCACCCGUCGAUACCCCCGCCUCCAUUCUCGCUUCAGCACAUCAAGUCAAUGAUGCUGGAGUGAUCCUAGACGAUGAGAGUCAGGAAUAUGAUGACUUAAGAAUAGUAAAACCUAGACGCAGAGGGAAACGUGGCGCACGAAAGCCACGGCCAUUUCAACCAUCGGACCCUCCAUCCACGACGAGCCCUUUUUCUACUCGCCAAUUGUCCGACCUGUUAAAUCGGGUUUCUGUUUUCAUCAACGAAGUAGAGAAUGCACCUAUUGUCCUGCGUACAGAAACGGAGAUACGCCCCCGAGUAGAAGUAUCCUCAUCGCGUUUAGAGCCCCUGGAAGAAGGAAACGAAGACGUAGAUGUCAGUGGCGAGGAAUACUCGCCACCUUCUUCCAUCGCUUCGAGCCCGUGUUCAUCUCCUAGGAACUUGCCCAUACCGUUGCCGGAAGAGAUGGCUUGGUACUACUCUACACUCACCGGACUCACCACCGAAAAACAAAUCCCGCCACGAGAUGCAAGGACCCAACCAUUGGCCGGCCCUAACCCUGAAGCAUCACCUCCUGUGCCGGAAAGUGUACCUCAAGCGACCAAGUCUCGGGCGCGAACCAAAUGGCUAUCUUUCAAGCUGCUGAGAGACGGAGAUACACGGUUUCUCGGCUUCUCUAACCGUCAGGAGCCAGCAUAUAAGCCGAGAGUAGCAGUAGCGAGGAAGCCAACUGCAUCUACUCCAGCCAGUCACGAGGAGCCACAGAUGAUUCAAGGUCUCAUGCAUUCAAGACCGCAAGCACCGAGAGGAGGAGCAGUGAGGAACCCAAAUGCAUCUGAUCUGGCCAGUCGCGUGAAGCGACUUGAUUCUACGCAAUCGGGAUCACAGGCGCUUCUCGAAAUCCCAGAAGAAGCUGUCUCUUCCAAGAUACGUGGUGGAGACGACUGUUCGCUAGUUUCCUUUCGAACAACUUCGACAUCGAGCACGGCCAAAGGGGUAGCUGUUGCCAUUGUCACUCCCCUUGGCCCGCAGCAGGCGCAUCCGCUAGUCGGUUCAAGAUUCGGUGGAGAUAUCCUCUGCGACGGUGACGUGAUUGGUCCUGGCCUCUCCAUUCUCGGCCAACCGAUUGCCAUCGUUCAUUCCCGUGUGGCCAAUGUGAGUCCGCUUCGUGUACUCAGAAAGCUCAAAACGGGUCCCUGCGCCGUUUUCUACCUCGUUCAGGAGAUUAUUGCCUAUUCGUCCAACUUUCUUGAGAUUGAAGACUCUCCCACGUUCUCUCCGGCUACAUUUGGUCGCUUUUUUGCGCUCAAAUGUCUCCUCAAGGAUGAAAAGGACCAAGAGGUUCAAUAUCAAGAAUCCACCAUCCUUCACUCGCUGCCAAUCCAUGCAAACGUGGUUACUCUGUGGACGACGUUCGAGAUUUCCUCCCAUCUCCUCCUUGUCCUCGAUUAUGUACAUGGUGAAACCCUUUUCCACUUUCUCGAACAGCAGCGGGGUUAUGAGACCACAACGUCCAGCAUGGGUGGCAUCCUCCAGCCACUCUCCUAUGAUCGACUGCGUCUUGUCGCGUCGAUUUUCACCCAAAUGUGCGACGCAGUCGCUCAUUGCCAUCGAAAUCAGGUCUCUCAUCGCGACAUCAAGCCAGAAAGCUUUAUGAUUACAGAGGAGCGGGUCUACAGCACAUCCAGUGGUCAAUACGAGCGAAAAUUUGCCGUUAAACUUAUCGAAUUCGGUCUCGCUACCCGAGAUGUUUACUCGGGUGAUAGGGACUGUGGCAGCGCGCCGUACAUGAGCUUCGGCAAUCUCACAUCGACAUAUGCGACUGGUCCAGCAGACGUAUGGUCUCUAGGCGUUGUUCUCAUCAACCUACUCUACCACAGUAAUCCCUGGACAACGACAGCUAUUGGACAAUGUCCUUCUUUCGAAUACUUCCUGCGCGAACCGAUCAAUUUCUUCAUGGGUCAGUUUGAUGGGCUCACUCGUCCUGUGGCAGGGUUCCUCGCGCGUAAUGUCUUCUGCCUCUUGAAGCCGCCUAUGCCUCUCGAUGUAGAGGACGAUGCUUCGAAUCCUGCGGUAUACUCAGGUAAUAUUGGACGUCGGAUCACCAUAGAACAGUUUACCAUCUGGGCCCGUGACCUGGUACUUCACCUCGGACCGUCAGCGAGGCGCACCGCCGCAUCCGCUUUUCAACGGAGGUCGGAUCCAGAGAAUGGCCUUCAUUCCAUCGUAUACACAGCUCUCACUCGGUCUUCCCCAGAAGUGAACCGAUUUAUACCCUCGGUCUCGCAACCGGCCACCCACAGCGUUAUUCUGCCCCAUACCCGUCCUUCUGUUCAUACAUACACCUCUUUAGUGGCGAAAACUCGAUUAAAUAACGUUGCCACAGACUUCGAUAAUGACAACUCAGAUCAGCAGCGUCCACGAGCAGAGUCUAGAAAGCGGAAGGAACCGACCCCACGCAGGACGUCGCGGACAUCCCAGCCGACGGAUAGACUUUCUUCUGCUGCCGAGUAUGCUGCUGGUAUACGAGCAGGUGCUGAUACCUCAUCUGUAUCGAGCCUCGCUUCGCCUCCGCUGGGAGAGGAACCCGAUUUUGUGGAUCUGACUUCUUCGUUCAUGCUGAAGCAACCGAUUAGGGACACUGCCCUCCGCAGGAGUCACCUCGGGCGUCGAUCUAGCUCGGUAUUGAUGGUCCCAUCCAUUACGAAGCCUUCGUCUGCCCAACAAUUGACCAAGGGACAGCUCGAACGACUCCAAGCCAUCAUCAAGGAAGUGGAGGAUGCGCCUAUAGUCCUAGGCACAGAACGCAGCGAGACUCAUCUGAGGGGAGUACAAGCAAUCUCGUCAUAUUUGGAGUCUCCAGACGAAGAAAAGGAAGAUCUAGAAGCCAACGGAAACGAAGAAUAUUCUCCCCCUUCUUCCAUCGCCUCAAGCCCUUGUUCAUCGCCUGGCAACUUACCUGCACCACUACCCGAAGAAUCGGCUCCAUAUAACUCUACAGACCCUAUAAUGGCCGAUCAGGUCGGCUUUGCAGAAUUCUUGAUGCACGAAUCGUUUUUACCGGGAGAUGAGACUCGAUCGGAAUUAUCAGGCAUGACAAGCCUAGAAUGUUCUACUGAAGGAAGUAUGCACGCCAUCUCUGCUACUUCCCCGGAAUCAUCCGUGUUGGCUGCAGAAGAUGCAGUUCCAGGAAAUAUACGCAUGCGUCCAUUGCAUGCCCUCUCUCUCGAUAUCGACGCAUCACAUAAACAUCUGACCAUACCACGACCAAAAGAAAGGCGGAAAUUAGUGACACCGACUGUGGAGGCCGACGAAGGGCAACCUACGAUUCGGCCUUCCGUAGACUCAAGGCCAUGGACGGCUCCUAGGACAGCAAGAAAGAUAAUUCGGCACAAGAUUCGUGAGAGGGAUGAUAUCUCGGUGAUUUCAUUACAAACCACCUCGACUUCCACGCCAUCUGUAGGAGUUUCUCGCCAUCUUGCGUCUUCAGAGCGCGAAGAUUGGCAUACCCUCGGAACUCUGCGAGAAGGGCAGGAAGAAGAAGAAGAGGACGAUGAGGAAUACUCGCCUCCAUCGUCCAUCGCAUCCAGCCCCUGCUCCUCGCCGAGACAGGUCAAAGAAGAACUUCCGGAUGACAUACACGACGAAUCAAUUGAUCCGGAGGUCGAUGGCUCGCGAUCUUUUCCUUUCAACUCCGAGCUCGCGACUGGUUCUCAUCCACCCCAGAGCUCAUCUGGCAGAAGUGAGAGGGCAUUCGGCACCUCCAAGCCGGUUGAUGACUCGAGAGAACGCUCUUCCGCGGAAAGUUUGCUGCCAGACCUCGCGCCAUGGGAAGAUCGUACUGCAGCCUCUCACCCCUCCCCCACAACUACAUUCGAAGACCUACACCCAGGGGAUCUCCGGAUUCCUGAUCCAAGAAGAGCCAGCGACGCAUUUUCAAUCCUCACUCGCUCGAGUGCUAGUACUAUCAAGGCAACUGCGUCCAUUAUUACGACAGCUAGCGGCUCAAAGGAAGUUUACAAGGCUCGACCGCGAUCUUUGAAACAUGAUCGCAUCGUCAUGGUCAAAAUUUGCUGGCUGGAGGAUCGCUUCGUGAUUGCGGUUCCAGCUAGCAUCAACCUAGAGCGGCUCCUUCAGCGUGUUCGGAAAAAAAUACGAAUGUGUGGUUACAAGGAUGUUGACCAACAGAUCAAGCUACGAUAUCUUGAUGAUGAGGGUGACCAAAUUUCAAUCUUAACAGAUGAGGAUCUCUGGUUGGCGUUCGAUAUUGCAGCAAGGCAGACCAGUGACAUUACUAGGAUCACGCUAGUUGCGUAA